AUGGCUCCUCCGUUGAUUUACGCGAAUUUGCUCAAAAAUACCGUAUUCGGCGGAUACGGUAGCCUCCGGAGCGCCCACUUUUUGGCGUCGAUUCCGAUGAAAAAACGGGGAGUCGAGGGGAAUUUGCCCCCGGAUUAUUUCGAUAAUAAGGUUGGUUUUAGUAGGGGAAACAUUUUCGAAACUGUCUUUGUCUUUGCAGGUCGUCGUAGUGUACUUCUCCGCCGGUUGGUGUGGAUCGUGCAAGUUUCUGACGCCGAAACUGAAGAAAUUCUACGAAGCGAUCAAGAAAUCGGCCGAUUCGAAUCUGGAAAUCGUCUGGGUUUCAAAGGACAAAGAGGCCGACCAUCAGCUCGAGUAUUACGAGAAGAACCUGCCCGACUGGCCGUACAUUCCGUUUGGCGACGAGAAUAUUGUGUAAAAUCGGACAUUUUUUGGGCGAAAACUGUUGAAAAUUGCAGAAAACUGGCGGAAAAGUACAAAGCGGUGGUGAUUCCGGUGCUGAAAUUGAUCGAUUCGAACGGAGAAGUGGUGCACGAUCGCGUGCGCGCGGACGUCGAAAAGGGAAUAAAAGAGGACCCGACGAAGACUUUCUCCGAGUGGAAGACCCUCCUCAAACACUAG